UAUAAAUUAACAGAUGGGAAAUCAUUGUCAACAAUAAUAACAACCAGAAGAAGAUAUUAGAAUAUACACACCAGGUAAAGCCAUCGAACCUCCAGCCCAAAAUGAACCUCAAGUACCUAAACCCCCCGAAGAACCUGUCAAACCUCAAUAAUCACCUAUUGUAGGGGACAAACAGAAAUAAGAAAGUGUGGAGAGAAGUGCAGUAGCAAUACAAUGUGCAUUCAGAAAUAAAGUCGCUCGCCAAAAAGUUAAUGAAGAAAAAUAAAUGCUUGAAGAAGACAAGCCAAAGGAUUGGACUCAGUUCACAGAAGAAUUUAAAAUUCCAACCUUGCCAGAUGUUGCCUAUAGAAAAAUCAACAAUUCGAUCUCAAAUGAAUACCGAAUGCUGUCUACUUAUAUAAAAGAUGGAACCAUCUAUAAAGGUUAAUGGAGAAGAGGUGUCUAAUUUGGAUAUGGAUAAAUGUUGAAAAGCGAUUAAACCUAUUUAGAGGGACAAUGGAAAAAUGGAGUUUUAGAGGAUGGUGCUGUCUAUUUCCCUAAUAAAGAUCUCUAUGUAAAAUAUCUUAAUAUUUUCAGCUAGGAACAGAGUCAAUUGGUGUAAGGAUAUACCAUAAUGGAGUCCAAUAUUCUGGAGAUUGCUUAGAUCGAUUGCCUCAUGGAAAAGGAGUGGAGGAACAUCCAGACGGCACUAUCUAUGAUGGAGAAUUUUUCAAGGGAUAAAAACAUGGCAAAGGCCUCAUUAAAUUUGCUGACAAAUCAGAAUAUAAUGGGGAAUAUGUACAUGGGGAAAUUGAAGGACAAGGCACAUUCAAAUGGCCAGAUGGAACUCACUAUGUUGGCUAAUGGAAAAAGAGUAUGAUGAAUGGAAGAGGCAAAUUACAUUUACCAGAUGGAGUUGAGUACGAAGGUAUAAAAUUAUAUGAUUGAAGGUGAAUUUCAUGAUGAUCUCAUGGAAGGCUACGGAAUAAUGACAUAUCCUGACAAAUCAAGAUAUGAGGGACACUUUAAAAAUAAUAAGAGGGAAGGAAAAGGCUCUGUCACUACUUGUGACAAAGUUAUUACUGAAUGUGAUUGGGAGGAUGGAAAACUAAUGAUCAAUCCAGAAUAAUCCCAUAAAUGAUAUAAUUAUAUUAAACAGAUAUAAUUUCUUUAAAAAAUAA